GGCUGUAGACCCUGCCCCGCGGCGCUGUGCGGCUCGGUAAGACCCGCCGACGGGUCUGCGCCGGGUGCUGGGGGGAUGCUGAGCCUUAUGGAGGUCGGCGGGUCCUUGCUGGAGCGGGUGGCCGUUGGAAAUCCCAUCUCCCUGCUGCUGGCUGCCUCCGCCUUCGCGCUGAGCCUCGGUUACCUGUUCCAGCUGGGCUACCGACGACACGUCGGGUCUGAUCGGAGGAAAUACCCACCUUAUAUUUCAUCCAGCAUCCCAUUCCUUGGACAUGCAGUUGCCUUUGGAAAAAGUCCCAUUGAAUUUCUGGAAAAUGCUUAUGACAAGUACGGGCCCGUGUUCAGUUUCACUAUGGUUGGCAAGACAUUCACAUACUUACUGGGCAGUGAUGCUGCUGCUCUCCUCUUCAACAGUAAAAAUGAAGAUCUGAAUGCAGAGGAUGUCUACUCUCGCUUAACCACGCCAGUGUUUGGCAAGGGAGUUGCUUACGACGUCCCCAACGCGGUGUUCUUGGAACAGAAGAAGAUGCUCAAAAGUGGGUUAAAUAUUGCCCAGUUUAAACAGCACGUGACUGUGAUUGAAGAAGAAACGAAGGAGUAUUUCAAAGCGUGGGGAGAGAGUGGAGAGAAAAACCUGUUUGAAGCCCUUUCAGAGUUGAUCAUUUUGACAGCAAGUCAUUGCUUGCAUGGGAAGGAAAUCAGAAGCCUUCUGAAUACCAAGGUGGCUCAGCUCUACGCUGACUUGGACGGGGGCUUCACUCAUGCUGCCUGGCUGCUACCAGGCUGGCUGCCUUUGCCCAGCUUCAGGCGCCGAGAUCGAGCGCACAGAGAGAUAAAGAAUAUUUUCUACAAGGUCAUUCAGAAACGCCGAGAGUCUGAGGAAAAGGAGGAUGACAUGCUCCAGACACUGCUUGAUGCUGCAUACAAGGACGGCCGCCCGCUGACGGAUGAUGAGAUUGCCGGGAUGCUCAUCGGGCUGCUGCUGGCAGGGCAGCACACAUCCUCCACCACCAGCGCCUGGCUUGGCUUCUUCAUAGCCAGGGACAAGGCCAUACAGGAGCAGUGCUACACAGAGCAAAAAGCAGUCUGUGGGGAUGACCUGCCACCCUUAACUUACGACCAGCUAAAGGAUCUCAGUUUGCUGGAUCGCUGUCUGAAAGAAACCUUACGGCUUAGACCACCAAUCAUGACCAUGAUGAGAAUGGCCAGGACUCCCCAGACUGUUGCAGGCUAUGACAUUCCCCCCGGCCAUCAGGUCUGUGUGUCUCCCACUGUUAACCACAGACUGAGGGACUCCUGGGAAGAUGCUCUGGACUUCAAGCCUGACCGGUACCUGCAAGAGAACCCAGCGGCUGGGGAGAAAUUUGCCUAUGUUCCGUUUGGGGCUGGCCGUCACCGUUGCAUCGGAGAGAACUUUGCUUAUGUGCAGAUUAAGACCAUUUGGUCCACUUUGCUUCGCCUGUACGAGUUUGACCUGGUCAAUGACUAUUUCCCAACCAUAAAUUACACCACAAUGAUCCACACCCCCAACAACCCCAUUAUCAGAUACAAGAGGCGGUCAUUGUGAGGUGGGGAGCUAAAAAUGUCACUUUAAGCUGUGUCAACUGACAGACUUUUCAAUAAAACCCUGACAAAAUGAGUGGCAAAUAGAAACUUUGGUGCCUGCAGGUAGGAAAACAACAUUUUACCAACUGCAAACACUUUGGGCAUCUGUUUGCCCCUGGCCUUGAAUGGUGCCGUGUGUUACUGCUUGUUCUACAGCAAGUAUUUUUAAGAGGAAAUCUCUCUUUUCUAUUGGUGUAACACUUUUAAGGUGCAUGCUAACUGUCCAUGGUGAAGAAACAUGUCAUUUCUACAAGCUGAACUCUUGGCUUUUGAAAGAUUACUUCUCAUAAAUUAGUUUGGGCUAGAAGGGACCUUAAAGCUUUUCUGGUUCCAACACCCCUGCCAGGGGCAGGAAUGCCUCCUACUCAACCAGUUUGGUGAGGGCCCCAUCCAGCCUUUGAAGUCUUCAGAGCUUCUCAUUUUCCCCACAUAUCCUUACCUCUGUGUCCAGCUGCUGGAACUGCAUCAGGGAACAGGUUCCAGAAGGAAACACAGCUUUGGUAUUUCUGUUGUUGUUCGACGUGAACUAGGAAUGGUCUUGGCCAAGUCGUGGAAGUGCCUGAAAGCUUAACAACACGUUCACUAAGAUGGCUUUUUGGAGAGCAGCCCACCUCAAUGUCUAACUUGUAAGGUGUUGAGUUCAGAAAGCCCCAGCUUCUGGCAGCAGUGCCUGAAGCAGAUGUGCAAGUGGGAUGAUUAGUUUUGUAAAUAACAUUUGGUAUAAAAUGGUCACUGAUGAAGUGGUAUUGCUGAGUGCUGUCUGCCCUUGCACUGAGCCCAGCAGGGGGUCAGUGCUCUUUGCUGGUGAGAAAUGGUUAUGAGCUCUGCCUCACAGCAGCUUUGAAUUAAAUUUCUGAACAAA